GCUUUCAUUGCGGUUACUACUAGAGAAAAUUGUCAAGCCAACCUAGGACGACUUGGGCGAUAUGACUUUCGAGUAAUUCCUGUCAUCAUAGCUUCAAUAUUGCACCGGACGCUCCAGAUCUUUCGAAUAUUUAACGUUACGACAUUGUCACCCUCCAUUUAAGCAAAACUGAAUUGAACUUGAGGCGCCAUCAGCAAGCGAUUGGCCUGAGCGACGUAGCCAUGGGUGAAUUUGACACGACCGUUGGUACCCUUAUGAUUGGUAUCAUCUUCAAUACCUUUCUUUAUGGUCUUGUUACAUUCCAGUUCGCGGCGUACUAUAGGAAGAAGUUCAAUGACCCUCCUAUAAUAAAGGCCAUGAUCCUGUUCCUUUUCCUCCUGGACACGGUCCAUAGUGCAUCGGUCAUCUACAUGCUCUGGGGUUACACUGUUACGAAUUAUAAUAACCCCCCUGCAUUAGCCAUCGGAAUGUGGCCAUAUAUGUGGACGCCAAUUGCAACUUGUCUCGCAGCGGUUGUGACCCAGGUCUUCCUCGGAUAUCGUAUCUAUCGCUUAAGCAAGAACCUGUACCUCUAUAUUCUUAUACUUGCGAUUGCUAUUCCGGGUUGCAUCCUUGGCUUCGUCGCUGGUGUGAGGGCUCUGAUUAUCAAAAUCUUCGCCGAUCUCGUUGUACUGUCCCCGGUUGUUAUCGGUUGGCUGUCUCUGCAAGUUGCGGCAGACGUCAUCAUCACUUGCUCUUUGACGGUUAUCUUGGCUCGCUCGCGUACUGGGUUCCGCAAGACCGACACCGUUUUGAACAGGUUGAUUCGUGGCUCGAUCCAGACUGGUUUAUUCGCUGGAAUUUUCUCCAUCGGCGACCUGGUUUGUUUCUUGACUGUGCCUGAGACGAACCUUUACGGCAUGUUCGCCAUACCUAUAGGUCGAAUCUACACGAACACUUUGCUUGAUACGCUUCUUGCGCGAGACGAGCUUAGAGAUCAAUUGUCAGCUACAGUUGAAAUGGACUCCUCGACUCAUAGCGGAAGGCGGUGGGGUGCCGGUCGUACAACUUCUCAUACGAACGCACAAGGAAUCCACCUCACUGAAGUUGAAGUCCGACAAGACGUUGUUGUAUUCGAUGACAACGCAAAGUUGCAUAAAGACGACCAGUCUUCUGUGAAAAAGAUGAUGGAUUCUAUGGCUUGAUGCCUUUCUGCUUCUUGUCUACAGGCUCUUUUCGCCUUUCGUUUGGGACCGAGUCACAUCGCUCGAUGCUGAGUGACUGUUGUCUCGCGCUGGGUUCUCUUUUCGUCUUACGGGACGUAUAAGAGUACUUGUAUCUUCUUGGAUAUAUCUAUCGAUGGGGUAGAACACGUACCAUGAUGUAGCUACAUCAAUCUUGCUUUCGUUUUGCUGUCGCUUUUUCAGAUCUGCUUUUCAAAAGGUGAUCUCUCAUCAUUCAUUCAAUUCAGUCGUCAAGCUUUCAGUCCCGUUCAUUUGUGCACUGUACUUCAUAGUCUUUGAAAAUUCCGGUGUUUCGUAACAUU